AUGGACCCCAACACCCCCGUCGACCCUAAUAACAUUCUGAGCGCCAAAGGCCUCGUCGUCGCCAUCACCGGCGGCGGAAGCGGCAUCGGCCUCGCAAUGGCCUCGGCCAUCGCCAAAACCGGCGCCAAGCGCGUCUACCUCCUCGGCCGCCGCGCCGACGUCCUCUCCUCCGCAGCCCAAACCCUCAACUCGUCGCCCUCCGUCGCCGACGGCACCGUCAUCCCGCUCCCGACAGACAUCAACUCGCCCGCGUCCGUCGCCGCCGCCGCGCAGCACGUCGAGCGCGACGCCGGCUACCUCGACGUCCUGAUCAACAACGCCGGCAAGAUCGGCCCGCCGAACAAGCCGGCGCUCGAAGCGCAGACGGUGGAAGAGCUGCAGCAGAUCCUGCUGACCGGCUUCGACGAGAGCGACCCGGACUGGGUCGACACGCUGCGCACGAAUACCGCGAGCGUGGCGCUGGUCAGCGCGACCUUUUUGCACCUGCUUGAUCGGGGGAAUGCGCGGCGCGGGUGGCAGGCUGGUCGCGUGGCGGCGGGGGAGACGAGGAGGCGGGAGUGGAGGAAAGAGGUGCAUGGCGAGAAGGAAGGGGUAGACGAGGGGGACCUGAGGCUCGCGCAGAUCGUGACGGUGGCGAGUAUUGCGGGUUUCAAUAGGCAUGUUACGUCUGGCGUGGCCUAUAGCGCGAGUAAGGCGGCGGCGGUGCAUGUGGGGAAGGUGCUGUCGACGCUGUUGGUGCCGUGGGGGAUUAGGAGUAAUGUCAUUGCGCCGGGUGUGUAUCCGAGCGCCAUGACGGGCGAGUAUGAUCAGGAGUAUCCGGUCAGCCAGGUCCCGGCGGGGAGGAAGGGGUCGUUUGACGAUAUUGCGGGCUUGAUCCUCUACAUGGUGGGUAAGGGCGGGUCCUACCUGAACGGCGCUGUGCAGGUUACGGAUGGUGGGCGGUUGAGCGGGUUCCCGUCGACUUAUUAG